CUUGUGUAAGAAACAACGCGCCAUUUUUACGAAUUUGAACAAAGAGGGUCGGUCGAUUGCUCGCUCUUAAAUUUUACAAUCACAAUGAGUUCUACAGAGAACAAGGCAGAAGUUGUCACAAAUAAAGUUGAAGAAAAUGUUCAAGAAAAGGAAAAAGGAGCUGGAGAUUUAAAAUCUGAAACAAGUCCACAGAAAAGAACGGCGUCAGAGCUUAACAGUGCCGAGGAUGACGAAGUGAAACAAAAAGUGUUAAAGACUGACCACAAAGAAAAAGAAAAUGGGGAAUCUGAGGAGAAGUAUGAAGAAGGAGGUGAAGAAGAUGAUGAGGAUGAAGAGGUGGGUCCAGAAGGAGAGGGUGAUGAUUUUGAUGAGGAAGGUGAUGAAGAUGGAGCUGACGAAGAGGCGGAUGAAGAUGAAGAUGAUGCAUAAACAUUAUAGUGGUUGUCAUGGCCACUUUGGGGGGAGCAAUUCGAUAGACUGUGGGUUUUAAUUGUUCAAGGUAUAGCAAGAACAACAGAUGGGCAGAUUGUUACAUGACUCUAGACUAAAAUUCUCAUGACUUGGUGCAGGCUUAAAUUUCACAGAACUAUGACAAAACAUCAUCUGGUUUAUUUUUUGGUCUCUGAGCAAGCAAAGGUGUUACGAUCUGUAACUUGUACAUGCUCAUCUGCUACCUAUUCUUCAGCCAGUGAUUGAAUUUCAAUCAAGGUUGACUUUCAUGUAAAAUAAUGUGCAAAGUGUUGCGCUGUUUGCAUGUUUUGUUAUUGGUUUUUAUUUUUCAUUCAAAAAAUUCAACAGGAAAAGAAUACACCUUGAAAUAAUUUGGCUGUUCUGUCAAUGUUUACUUCUCUUCAUAAGAAAGGGUUCUUAUGUCCCUUAAAGUGUGAGGUGUGUUGAGCUGUGUAUUUUAAAGUUUUUGUCUUUGAUUAGUGUUUGAAUUUUCACUUAACUGAAGUAGACAGCACCUGUAUUAGAAUCAUUUUUAUUCACUUGAGACAUUGGAGUAUACAGUUUUAAGAUCAUUUGCUCCCCCAAUACCAUCAUCGGUAAGCAGUGUUACAUUAUAAAGAAACUCCCUAGUUCAUACAAACAAUUUUGAUGUACUUACCCCUCAGACUUAGUUAGAAGAAUCCCUUUUACAAUUUACCUGGUGUGUAUGUUGAGAGUGUUGUGUUAGUGUGUUAAUGAGAUGAUGUAUCACACUGUAAGAUUGAUUUUUUGGAACAUGUAUUUUUUGUUGUUUUCAUUAUUAUAACUAUUUCUUAUAAGUAAUCACAGAUCUCCUUUUUUUAAACUGUUUGUUUCAUUUUUAGAGUUAAUCUGUUAAAUGCUCCUGUCUUGUUUCAUUGAGGGGUAGGUGUCAGGUAUAGAAUUUUUAACUGAAUUAGUUGAGACUUCUAAUUACUAUAAGUAACAAUACCGUGAGUUUUUUCAUAUAAAACUUCAAGUCAUUGGUUUUAAAAUAAAAUAAUAGUUUGAUUUCAUGAAUGAAAUGUGAAAAAAACAACAUUUUCUGCCAACUGUAAAAGAAAGUAAUUGUUUGUUCAUACAGUGUUUCUUCAUAACUUGCUCAUGAUGUAUUAGUCCUUGGUCCCUUUUGUAUUGUGUUCUAGCCACCGCAUUUCAUGCAGGAAAGGUGUAAUAAAAUGGUUCCAUUAGA